AUGCGUAGCGUGACCCUUACCGAGUUCGGCACUGAGGAGGGCUUCUCCUUCAUGAAGAAUUGUGCACGGCCAGAAGUCGCGGACGACGAGGUGCUGGUGCGGGUCAAGGCGAGCGCGGUGGCGCCCAUCGACGGCGCGGUGCGCCGGGGAGACUUUGCGCAGUUCGUGCGGCUGCCGGCAGUGCCCGGCUAUGCUGUGUCUGGCGUCGUCGAGAAGUUGGGCAUGGAGGUCGACCGCUUCAAGGUGGGCGACGAAGUCAUCGCGUACAAGCCACUGGAGAUCAACCACGAGGAGGCGGUGGCAUGUCUUCUCGGUGGCAUAUGGUCCUACACCGCGCUGCACUACCACUUCAAACUCUCGCCCGGCGAGACCGUGCUCGUACUGAAUGGUGAAACUCGCUUCGACCAGGUGAUCGCUGCCGCGUCUUCGGUCGAGGAGUUGAACUUCUUGAACGAUCUUCGCGUCACGCUGGACCGAGUGAUAGACUUAACGACAGAGAGUCUUGUGGAUGCGGUGAUGGAAGAGACCGGAGGACAGGGCGUGGACUUCCUCCUCGAAACCAUUCCGUUGACCGAGCACCUGUCGACCACCACCGCUGCAGAGAAGGAGAAGCGAGAGCGGGAGAUGUCGCCGAUCAUCUCCGAGAUGGUGUCGUCCGAGGCACGCGGUCGCGCUGCCUAUCCCUCCCGGCGUGAUCUCAUACACGUUCUGAGCGACCUGAUGGAAAAGGUUUCCAAGGAGGAGAUCGUGCCCAAGGUGACCAAGUCCUUUAUCCUGGAGAAGAUCCGAGAGGCCCACGCACGCUGGACACCAACAACGUCGGCACCAUCAUCAUCAAGCACUGACGCUGUGUCUUGCGGCACAGAAAAAAAGAAAAAAACCCAUUACCCACGCUAG